AUGUCCUCCUCCGGUAGAGGCGGCCGCCAGAGGAGAAACCGGAACACGGCUUCUCAUCAUCCCACGGCCUCCCCGAACGACGAUCACCUCGGACAACCCAUUCUUGAUCGACAUAACACACCAUCCACUCCCGAGCCCUCUUCGAGUUCGAAUCAAAACAACCGUGGGCGGGGCGCUCAAUUUCGAAGGAAUUCGAGGUGGGCACCGAGGAAUCGAGUUGGGGAAUCUCAAAAUUCCGAGGCAAAAGUAGGAGGGGAUGAGGCGGAAUGUUGUAGCUCAAGCUCGCAAAUUUAUUCGGAUGCUGGUGAAGUAAAGGUUGAAGAGUCGGGUUCGGGUUCGGGUUCGGAUGUGGGUGCCAAUAAUGGUGAAACUGAGGGCUACAGAGCUGGCUGUGAAAGGGGACAGGAAACUACUGAAGAAUUGGAUUCGAGUAAUGAGGAUGAGACUCUCAAAAGAUUGAAAGAGCUGCGCCUGAGUGUUGAAGAGCCCGAGUCGGAGGAGGAAUUACUGGCCAUCAAUCAACAGCUGCAGGAGGAUGAGCUGUUGGCAAUGGAAUCUAUUUAUGGAGAAAAACUCUACAUUCUAGAGAAUCAGGGUGGCUUAAAGCGUUUCCAGGUUCAUAUUCAUGUCGAAGUGCCCCAGGGAUUGGGCAUCACCACAACGUUUAACAACUCGAGUUUCGUUGAGAAGGGGAGAGAAGAUGCUACCACCGAUUUCUCCUACUCAUUUCGAGUGGAAUAUCUGCCACCCAUCUUAUUGACUUGUUUAUUACCUAAAUCCUACCCGAGCAAAUGUGCCCCCCAAUUCACGAUAUAUGUCCAGUGGUUGGAACAUACUAACAUAUCCCCUCUUUGUAGUGAGCUCGAUUCGAUUUGGGCUCAAAAUGCGGGUCAGGAGAAGAUUAGGGCAAUUUCGGGAAGUGCCUCCCCUGAUAUUGAUAUUCCUACUCUCAAGAGUUACAAUGAUGAAAAGUUGUAUGAGAUUUUUUGCAGAAACAUCCAAGAAUGCUGCAUUUGUCUCAGCGAGUUUGCUGGUUCGGAGUUUAUCAAGCUGCCAUGUGAGCACUUCUUUUGUGAGAAAUGCUUGAAAAGCUUUACCAGCAUUAAUGUGAUGGAUGGAACAGUAUUCAAGAUCAAAUGCCCGGAAUCAAAAUGUGAUGGCAUGAUUCCGCCUGGUUUGAUUAAACGGUUAUUGGGAGAAAAGGAGUUUGAACGAUGGGAGUCAAUGUUGUUGGAGAAAACAUUGGAAUCCAUGAAAGAUGUGGUUUACUGUCCAAGAUGUGAUACGGCCUGUUUGGAGGACAAGGAUCAUCUUGCACAAUGCUCAAAGUGUUAUUACAGCUUCUGUUCACUCUGUAUGGAUAAACGUCAUGUUGGGGUUCAAUGCAUGACACCUGAAAGCAAGUUAAAGGUUCUAGCGGAGCGACAAAAAUCAACGUCUUCAAUGAGAUCAGAUCAAAGGCGGCGCGAACAGGCGAUGAUCGAUGACUUGCUUAGUCUCAAGGAGAUCUUCGCCACCACAAAACAAUGCCCUAAUUGUAACUUAGCUAUAGUUCGAACUGAAGGUUGCAAUAGGAUGUGGCGGCAGUGGGUGCACAGAUGGCAGGAUUUCAUCCUAUCGUCGUUCAUCCUUGCCCUUGUUGUGGACAACACAAUGACAAGAUUGGAAAAGACAAUCACAUACAGUGUUGAUCGUGCCAAAGCCAUUACUGCUACGUGUGCAGGAAGAGAGUAA